UCACGUGUCACCGACUCCUAGAUGAAUGGAUGAGCAUUAGCCUAAUGUGUUGUGCUAGACAUGAGCCCAUCUAUAGGAGCAGAAACUCGCGAAUGUCGCUCAGACUCAACUACAGUAAGUUGCGGAAACGGGAGCAGAUGAAGUGAUAGCGGAGGGUUCUUAUACCAGCCAACCGUCCUGUCCUGGUGUGCAUGGUGUUAUCCCGCUUAUGACUGGUGGUGCCAUUAUUUUAAGAAACCCUGUAGCAGUGUCUCUCGCUGGGAGAAGAGCUUACGUGUGUGACAGUGUCACGGGGCACCUCGAUGACUUUGACAGCAGUACAGCAACCAGGGCUCAUACUUUGUGUUUGUUAGAAAUGGCAACAUCGUGCAGAUUCCUUCUGCGGAGAGUGUUCAGUGAAGUCAGAGCUAACACCGUUUCGUGUUGGAGCUCCAGUCCAGGACGCUUACGGUCCCGUUACCUGAGUUGCUCACACACACCCUGGAAGGCUGCGCCUCCUUGCACAGGUCCCAGCAGUCUGUCCUUCAGGAGUCACACCUGUGGAGAGCUGAGACCAGACCAUGUGGGAGAAAGAGUCACUCUGUGUGGCUGGGUCCAGUACCUCAGACAUGACCUCUUUGUCAUCCUGCGAGAUUUCAGCGGAUUGACACAAAUUUUAUUUCCUCAGGAAGAAUCUGCAAGUCAUUUGAAAGCAGUACUGUGUGAUCUCACAGUUGAGUCUGUUAUCAAGGUUACAGGAACAGUCCGACAACGACCAGCAGGACAGGAGAACAAGGGGAUGCCUACAGGAGAAAUCGAAGUCCUUGCUGAGAAUGUGGAUGUUUUCAAUGUCUGCCACAAGUUGCCUUUUGAGAUUAAAGACUUUGUCAAAAAAUCGGAGUCUCUGAGGAUGCAGUACCGCUACCUGGACCUGAGGUCCUGUGAGAUGCAGAAGAACCUGCGGCUGAGAUCUCAACUGGUGAUGAAGAUGAGAGAAUACCUCUGUAAUAUACACGGUUUUGUUGAUGUGGAAACUCCAACUUUGUUCAAAAGAACACCAGGGUCUGUCUUUGUGCUCUGUUGUCUCUGUGGCAGGUACUUCCAGAUAGCUCGGUGCUACAGAGAUGAAGGCUCCAAACCAGACCGGCAGCCCGAGUUCACCCAGGUAGAUAUUGAGAUGUCUUUUGUGGACCAGGCAGGGAUCAUGUCCCUGGUGGAGGGUUUGUUACAGUACUCCUGGCCUGUGGAGAAAGGUCCCAUUAAGGUUCCUUUCCAAACCAUGACGUAUGAAGAAGCCCUGAGGGACUAUGGUGUGGACAAACCUGAUACCAGGUUCAGUAUGAAGCUGAUUGACCUGACUGAGGUUUUCUUAUCCACGGAAAUUCAAUUCCUCAGAUCUGCUCUUAGCCAACCAGGAGGCUCCAUUCAGGCCAUCUGUGUCCCCAGUGGAGUGAAACAUUUCACUGGGAAAAAUUUGGAACACCUGAAACAAACAGCCAAGACUCAGUUUGGACAGGAGCUGAGCGUGUUGCUGGUCAGAGAAGAUGAGACAUUGAAGUCUCCCCUGCAGAAACUGCUGUCUGCUUCUUCCACUGAGGAGCUGCUGAAGAGAACUGGAGCCAAAUCUGGAGAUCUGCUGCUGAUGGCAGCCGGUUCCCUCCACACUGUGCGUUCCUUGCUGGGCAGUCUUCGUCUGCAGUGUGCUCAGCUCCUGGAGUCUUAUGGCAUUCCACUCCGAGACCUUUCAGCCUUCCACUUCCUGUGGGUUGUUGACUUCCCUCUUUUUCUCUCUAAAGAAGAUGCGCCGGAGCAGCUGGAGUCAGCCCAUCAUCCAUUCACUGCUCCGCUGCCAGAGGAUACACAGUUACUCUACACAGACCCACACAAGGUACGUGGUCAGCACUAUGACCUGGUGUUGAAUGGCUGUGAGAUUGGAGGAGGAUCCAUCCGUAUCCACAAAGCCUCAGAGCAGCUUCAUGUCCUGAAGAAUAUCCUCAAGGAGGAUCCUAGUCUUCUCUCUCACCUGCUGGAGGCUCUGGACUCAGGAGCUCCACCACAUGGAGGCAUUGCUUUGGGCUUGGACCGGCUUGUCUCCAUCAUGGUUGGGGCCCCCAGCAUCCGUGACGUCAUUGCCUUCCCCAAGUCGUUCCGGGGUCAUGACCUCAUGAGCUGUGCUCCUGACUUGGUGUCUGACGAGGAGCUGAAGUCUUAUCACAUCUCUGUCAGAUGGCCAACAGAGCAAGGAGGAGGUGCGGGGAAGUGAAGACAUGAAACAGGAAGAGGCGAUGCCUUCCCAGAUUCUGUAACCCUGACAACAGAGGAAAAAGGGGAUAAGGACAUGGAGACAGUUAUGAAAAAACUCUGGCAGUUGAUUGGCAGAGACGAGGAGGAAGAGAAAAUGAGGAUGAAGUGAUGCUGUGGCCCAAUCUCAGUAGUGUUAGUUUGAAAUGUAAGAGAAAGGUGUACACGGAGACAGCCACAGGACACAGAAUGAAAACUGACCAACACCAAGUUAAACAAAGAAGAAAAGCUUUCUACCAAGUCUCAUGGGUAAUAAAAGACACUUUUGGUUAGACUGGUGUUAGUUUACACAAACUGAACCUCUGUGAUGGUGGUUUCUCCCAAAAGGACAAUUUCUUCAAAGUAAAAAGACUCAAUGUCUUUCACAUGUUGGUCCAGAUGUUUCAGAGCAUGUUCCACCUUGACAAGAAUAAAACUCUAGAGAAAUACUGCUAAUGCGGAACAUUAAAGCAUACUAA